AAUAAAAUCAUCUCGGCAUACACAAAUUAUUUUUUGUUCUAAUAAUUAUAAAUUAUUUUUCAUAUGCUUCACCAUGCCAUGCAACCAUCGUAACUGCGAUAUUCGGGACAAUAUGAAGAGUUUUUGAUGCAAAAUCUAGGCGCGCAUGAGGCCAUCAGCAUAAUCACAAAUGUAUUGGUGGCGGAAAUUAUCCGUCGGUGAUUCUCGUUCCCCGUCUCUUUCGAUAUCUUUCUCCGACGACGUUCCUUCGAAAUCCGGCAUUUUUCGGCGUCGUGCAUGGUCUUUUAAACCUCAGAAUUGCCUCCUCACGUCUCGUGCUAAAAAACAACGUCCUCUGUCCGCAAUUUCUAUGAUGCGACGUUCGCCAAGCAACGGAUACUCCAUUGCUCCGCAGCCUCUGCCUCUGCCUGAGCUGGCGACUCUGUUGCGUCAGGAAGCUGCGCAUCCGUCUAAUAAUUCUGUCAGCGUGCCGCUCCCCUCCCCUCCUGCCUCGAAAUCUAGAGAGGACAGGGAGAAAUCCGAUGCUCAUCGACGUGAUGGCGACGCUCUGCCCUUGACUUCCGGAAUUUCUAGUAAAAUAGCCAGCCAAGGAACUCUGGCAUCUAGGAGGUCACCUGGAAGACCAUAUGGUACAGAAAUGACAAGGAACAACAAGCUCAAUGUCCCUCUGAGUAUUCCUGCUAGCUCCUUUUCGAGCCCUUCUCUCAGCCCAGCAAAUAAUUUUUCCGAGACUCUUGCAUCCCAUCACUUGUCUCCACCAGCAUUUCAUAACUGGUCUGCACCUGAGCUUCAUUCCCCGGACAUGAUUCUAGGUCAUGCACAUCCUUACCAACCUUUCGAGAAAACUGGCAUUUCUGCUGAUAAUUCCCCCAUCCAUAUUCAAAAAAUGAAUUUUGGUCACAGUUCCAUUAGCCCUCAAGGAGUGGUAUCACCUUUAAAUAGAAAACCCGCUGAUACUUCAACAACACGACGUGAUAGUAGUAACCAGACCAAUGUGCAUCCCUUGCCGCUCCCUCCACCUGCCUCCACAGCUUCACAAUCAGUUCUUAGUCCCAAAUUUGCUGCUAAGCAAGGGAAAAGUCAUUGGAACAAGGGAAAACUUAUUGGACGUGGGACAUUCGGUAGUGUUUAUGUUGGCUCCGAUAGAGAGACUGGAGCAUUGUGUGCAAUGAAAGAAGUUGAAUUGGUACCGGGUGAUGAAAAAUCUGCAGAAUGUAUAAGGCAAUUAGAACAGGAAAUUCAACUUUUACGUCAACUAAAGCAUCCGAAUAUUGUACAGUAUUAUGGUAGCGAAACAGUUGGUGAUCGGUUUUACAUAUAUUUGGAGUAUGUUCAUCCUGGUUCAUUAGUAAAUUAUAUUCGUGACCACUGUGGAGCAAUCACAGAGCCUAUCGUCCGCAACUUCACACGCCACAUUCUUUCUGGCUUAACUUACUUGCACAGCACAAAGACAAUACAUAGGGACAUCAAAGGAGCCAAUUUGCUUGUUGAUGCAUAUGGUGUUGUCAAGCUUGCGGACUUUGGAAUGGCAAAGCAUCUUAGUGGACAAGCAGCUAAUCUGUCGCUAAAGGGAAGUCCAUACUGGAUGGCUCCUGAGCUCUUACAGCCUGAUAUGCAGAACGAAUCUGACCCUGACCUUGCGCUUGCUGUUGAUAUCUGGAGUUUGGGUUGCACGAUUAUUGAAAUGAUGAACGGAAAACCUCCUUGGAGUGAAUAUGAAGGGCCUGCAGCUAUGUUUAAAGUUCUGAAAGAGACUCCAGCCAUUCCUGAAACUCUGUCACCCGAAGGCAAAGAUUUCUUGCAGUGUUGCUUUCGAAGAAAUCCAGCAGAAAGGCCGUCAGCUAGAAUGUUGCUAGAACAUCGGUUCAUGAAAAACUCACAGCAGGAUAAAGCACCUCUGGGAGCAGAAUAUCCGAUUCACAGAAUUGAUAAAGCUCAAGUAUCUAGUGCAGAAAGUGCACAAAGGAAGGUGUUGAACAGUGAGAACCGAAAAACUGGUGGCGAAAUUGCUGAAUUAAAAGUGACCCCGCGUCUGUCUACUAGUUCUCUAGAUGGCCUUUCAAUAUCAAACCAAUCAGGUGUUGGCCAUACCAUGGAUUAUUCCAGUCCUGCAGCUUCCCCUUCUUCCUCAAAAAAGAUUGGUAGAACCCGAACGCAGUGAUGUUGAAUAAGCUACCAAAUCUUGUACAUGAUUUGGUCUUACAUGCUCCUUUUUAUUUAAGAUUCAGUCCGCUGGCUUCACGUUCUAAAAUGAUUAGCAUGGAACUUGAGCAUGAGGUUUUGCGGCAAUCUCCAGAAGCUCUCAACAAAUACUUCUGAGACUGAGAAUUUGAACCAGACAUUGUAUACUAUUAGUUUCACUUGGUUCUUUUGAGCUCCCUUACUUAGAAUUUCACUUUGCUUGUAUUUUAGAUGUACUAUUGCAGCUUGUGUGCACAUUGAUAGGGAGCACCAAUGUUGCAGAUAUCACAAGUUUUAAUUGUUAAUAAAUUAAAAAAGGUAUCAGUUUUGACUUCA